AUGCCAAACUUGACUCUUCUGGAUUUGUCCGACAAUCGUUUGAGAACAUUCCCGUGGUCUUCUCUGAAGAAUACAUCAAACAUUUGUGAGUUAAAGUUGAACAAUAAUGAAAUUUCGAAAGUUGACGCCUACGUCGACUUCCCUGAAUCCUUGACGUACCUUUACCUUCAGUGUAAUCGCAUCACCACGAUUCCCGAAACCUUCUUACACGGAUUGAAGCCGCAAAAAGAGAGAUUCUAUCUGCGCAUUUGGAAGAACCCUUUCCUCUGUGACUGUAAGAUCCAGUGGAUCGCACGUUUGCUGCGAUGUGUGUGGGAACGCCGACAAGAAGGCUGUGUCAACGGUUCUCCCGGCAGAGAUAUAAAGUGUAUACAGGCCAAGUGCAACUUCCACCCGAAUGGCGUUGCGUUCAUCCUGGACUGGCUUCAAAAAAACAAACUCAUUUCUGUAAAACAGCCGACCCUUGGAGAAACUCUUACAUGUGACUCACCGCAAGAACUGAAAGGAGCUUUGUUGAGAAACAUCUCUCUACCGACAUGUGCAUCUGCCAACGAUUCUGCAAAUUCACAACAAACGUCAGUUUCAGUUCCAGUUACAGAUAAUCUAGGGGUUCAAGAAUCUGAGAAGGCAUCAGCGGAGACAGAGCCAACAACACUCUCUACCAACAGCUGGGAGAGAACCACGGUCAACUCUCUAGAACGUUCGCUCUUUUGGAAAAGGCUCAUAUCUGGCAUCCUUGGGGGAGCGCUGGCUCUCUUUGUUGCUGCCUUCUUCAUCAGAUGUAUCAGCCAUUGCAGAAAACGACGACAGGCCUGGCUCAAUAACAUGUCCAGUGCUCCGACCUUGCCAACAAGAACAGAGAACCGUCUUCAAAUGAUAAAUGUGGUUCAGGUCAACACAGCCGUUACUUGUUGGACUUACGGAAAUUGUGCAGGGCAAGUGCCUAAUCUGAAGACCAUACCCAAAAAUGUGACUGUAAAAUCACUGUUGCUCAAUACGAAUGACAUCAAAGAGCUGACAAACAUACCAGAAAUGCCGAAGCUCUUCCUUCUUGAUUUGUCCUUCAAUCGUUUGAGAAGAUUCCCGUGGUCUUCUCUGAAGAAUGCAUCGAAUAUUCUUCAUUUAAAACUGAACAAUAACGAAAUUUCGAAAGUCGACGCCUAUGUCGACUUCCCCCAAUCCUUGACUUAUCUUCACCUUCAAUGCAAUCGCAUCACCACGAUUGCCGAAACUUUCCUGCAUGGAUUCAGAUCCCCAAAACAGACAUUCUAUCUGCGGAUAUGGCAGAAUCCUCUCCUUUGUGACUGUAAGAUCCAGUGGAUCGCACGUUUGCGACGAUGUGUGUGGGAACACCGGGACGAAGGCUGUGUCAACGCUUCUCCUGUCAGGGUCAUGAGGUGUAUACUGGCUAAGUGCAACUUCCACCCGAAUGGCGUUGCGGUUAUCCUGGACUGGUUUCAGUUGAAUGACCAAGCUAUCGUAAAGCAAAGAAGCUCUGAAGAGUUUCUUAGAUGUGACUCACCGCAAGAACUGAAAGGAAACUUGCUAAGAGAUGUUUCUCUACCGACAUGUGCAUCUCCCAGCUCUUCGGGAAGUCCACAACAAACGUCGUCUCCAGAUAAUGCAGGGGUUCACGAAUCUGAGAGGGUACCAACAGAGACUGAGCCCCCAACACUUGUUAUCUACAGUUGGGAGAGAACCACGGUCAAGACUUCUGAAUUUUCGCUCUUUUGGAAAGUUGGACAAGACAGAACAGAACUGGAAAUGUCAAACACCUCCAACGGGGAGAUAACCACUGUCAGCACAUCCAAAGCGUCAUUGGUGAAUGUUUGGAGAGAGGACCGACGUCUGGGACCUUCACGACGCCGAAGACGUCACGAGGAUGAAGACGAUAGCAACUGUAUAGAAAUGGUCGAAGUAAGAAGGAAGAUUCGUCUUCAAACUCUAGGUGGGUAG